GAACCAACUGACGUUGACAGUUUUAGGUUAUGUGGUUAGCACGUAUGUGACGUUUGUUGUUUGUGUUGAAAGUAGGAAAUCCAGUGAUACGUAUGCAUUUUAAAAAUAUUUAUAAAAGUAACGUUUACAAUCCAUACGUUAGUAAUAGGUAGUACUUAGUACAAAAAUGGAAGAAACUUUUAUGUUAAUAUCAUUAAUUGUGGUUAUGCUAAUAGGCUCAUUUCUCGCUGGUUCAAUACCACUGUUUUUCAGUUUUUCCGAGGACAAACUAAAACGGAUAACCGCUUUUGGAGCGGGGCUAUUAGUUGGAACCGCCUUAGCUGUGAUUAUACCAGAAGGCGUUCGUGCUUUACUGCAUGAAGAAGCCCCCAAAGAUGUCCACCCACAGCAAGAAGGUCACCAUGAAAAAGAUAACCUGUCUGUGAUAGGGAUUAGUUUAGUUUUAGGUUUUAUUUUCAUGUUAAUGGUAGAUCAAAUUUCACAAAGUAAAAAUGAGAAUCUUAACCCUUCUGAACGUAAUAUUACAGCUACAAUCGGCUUAAUAGUUCAUGCAGCCGCCGAUGGCGUUGCUCUGGGGGCAGCAGCCACUACAAGUCACGCUGAUGUAGAAAUUAUAGUGUUCCUAGCAAUCAUGUUACAUAAAGCUCCAGCGGCUUUUGGUCUAGUCACAUUCUUAUUACAUGAAGGAAUUGACAGGCAAAGGAUACGAAAACACUUGUUGAUGUUUUCUCUAGCAGCCCCCAUUUUGACACUUUGUACUUAUUUUGGAAUUGGGCAAAAAGGGAAAGAAACGUUAAGUUCCUUAAAUGCAACUGGUAUCGCCAUGUUAUUCUCUGCUGGAACAUUCCUCUACGUAGCAACGGUUCACGUAUUAGCUGAACUCACCCAAAAUUCUCAUCAUUCCUACUCCAAAUUACAAAGUUUAGAGACUGGGAAAAUACAGACUUCUCAAUCGUUGAAAACUGUCGAAUUAGUAUGCUUAGUUGUGGGUUGUCUCACUCCUCUUCUUCUUACUAUAAGUCACCAUCAUUAAAAAUAUUUGUAAUAAGAAUUUAUUGCAGUAUUUAAUUUUACGAAUUUUGUAAAUCCAAUAUUUAUUUUAUUUUAAAACAAAUACAUAACUGUAAGACGAAGAUAGGCUGACUGCAAUAAAUAAAUAUGUAAAAUUUAAGAAUACGGCAAAUUGUGAUUGUGUGUACACCCACAGUUUUGUACUGUGGUUUUAUGCUAAAUCAUCAUGUUUACAGUUAUAGAAUUAUUUCAAGUGUAAACAAAUAUAUGUGAUACGUUAGCAUUAUUUUUUUAUUAUUGUGUGCACAAUGUAUUGUGUUCAAAAAAUCCAAUGGUGGUUGUCAAAUAUAACUAUUUCUUUUUAUGCAUAAAGUAUGUGAAACUUG